AUGAAACGUUUUCUAACAAUUGAACAAGCGCUUGCUCAACUUUUUGAAGAGGAACCAAUUGAAGAAAGAGAUAUGGUUAUAAUUCCGCCAAACCCCUCUGCAGUUAGUGAUGAAGAAGAUUUCGAUGAAAAUGACUUAACAAAUGUCGGAGUUUUGCCUUCAGAUACAGCUGGAGAAUUGGAGAUUCAUAAUUCAGUUGAUGACGACCUUCCAGAACCAUAUUCUACAAGAAGCUAUUCUCGAAUUUCUCACAAUUUAAAAUGGAGAAAAACGGAUGCAAUAUAUUCUUCAAGCCCUUUCAAUGGAGAAAAGGAAGAUGUAAUAAAACUUGAAAAUGAUUUACAUGGUAAAAGUCCAUCAGAUAUAUUUUGUUUAAUUUUCGACGAAGACUUAUAUUCCCUAAUUGUAGAACAAAGUAAUAUUUAUGCUAAACAAAUGAAUAGACCUAACAUAUGCAUAACCAUCCAAGAUAUUCAGAGAUUUAUUGGAAUUCUAUUAUUUACUGGAUAUCAUUCUCUCCCACAAGAAAGAAUGUACUGGUCUAAUGACAGCGAUAUUUCUAUUCCAAUAAUCCGGGAUACAAUGACCCAAUUACAAUUUCGAAAUUUGAAAUAUAAUAUCCAUUUGGCAGACAAUACUAAAAUAGAUAUACAUGAUAGAUUUUAUAAAGUUAGGCCUUACAUUAAUAUAUUGAAUAAUAAAUUUCAGCAAUUCGGAAUUUUUAAACAUCAUUUAUCAAUAGAUGAACAGAUGAUACCAUAUCGAGGAAGACAUUCUUGCAAAAUGUUCAUAAAAGGAAAACCAAUUAGAUUCGGAUACAAGUCUUGGAUAUUGGCCUCUUCCGACGGUUACGUAUUCUCAUUUGAUAUAUAUCAAGGGAAAAGCGAAAAUAAAUAUGAAUAUGGAUUAGGUGGAAAUGUAAUCAUAAAAUUAUUAAAGGCAUUGCAAAAACCAAAUUAUCAUAAAAUAUAUUUUGAUAAUUUCUUUACAUCAUUUAAACUCUUGUCAUACUUAAAACAAAUGGGAUAUUUUGCAACUGGAACUGUGAGGGACAAUAGACUAGAGCAUUGCCCAGUUGAAUCUAUAAAGGUUGUAGCAAAAAAAGAAAGAGGAUAUUAUGAUUAUAGGUUUGAAAAAUUAAACGAAAUAUUUGUAGUUCGUUGGAAUGAUAAUUCGGUGGUGACCGUUGCAUCGACAUGCCACACUAUCUCUUUGCUUUCUAAUGUUUCAAGGUAUUCUAAGAAAAUAUCUUCUAAAAUAAAAAUUCCUCAGCCAAAUAUGGUAACUGCUUAUAACAAACACAUGGGUGGAGUUGAUCUAUGUGAUAAUCUAAUAUCUACAUAUAGAAUAAAAAUAAGAGGAAAAAAAUGGUGGUGGCCAAUAUUCACCAAUUUUAUUGAUGUAGCUUUGGUAAAUUCAUGGAAAAUCUGGAAAUUCGUGAAUCGAGAUGACAAGAAGAGUUUGCUUGCAUUUAGACGAGAAGUUACUAACUACCUCCUUCGAACGCCAGUAAAAAUUGAAAAAAAUUCAAGUACAGGUCACGCCAGCCAGUUUGCAUUACAGUGUGAAAACCCUAUUGAUUCAUCUGGACAUUAUUUAUCCAAAAUUAUAGAUGGAAAAAGACGAAGAUGCAGAUAUUGCCAUACGCACUCAAGAUAUAUGUGCCAAACAUGUCAAAUCGCACUCCAUAUUAAAUGUUUCAAGGAUUUUCAUAAUAUAUAA